GAAACAGCUUGCGUUUCUCGCUCGUUUCCUUUCUUAACAGAGCAGUGAAUGAAGACGAAUACGCCUUCAAAUAUAGCUCUCAUUACAUGUCAAUGACGCACGGUUCCCCGCAGACCUCGCUCGAUCUCAACUGGGGGAUACACCCGCUGUGAAACCGCGGAAGAAACCUGUUUCACUCCGGCUAGGGGCAGCUGGGCUCUCUGCGACUACUCACGACUGCAAUGCCGACGCUCCCAUUCGUGCAAUACAUCCUUGGAGGCCUGAAUCUCGCGGUGUACGGCGACCAGUUCAUCCAGGGCAUCCUCUUCACACAAUUCGCGACGUACAUUUCACAUGGCUAUCAUCGCACGGAUCCGCUGGGAAUCCGGCUCUGGGUGGCGGGUCUAUUUGUGCUGACGUUGUUCAAGACGACAUACUCGCUGGUCUUGAACUAUAUCCAGAACACGACUCGGUUUCUUGACCUUGUGGGCGCGAUCGCGGACUACGCAUCGCUUCCCACUGCCCUCCGUUUUUUGUUUGUCUCGCUGCUUGUGCUGUACGUACAAAUCUUUCUCUGUUGGCGACUAUGGCAAUUAUCGAGGCAUCCACUGAUCCCCAUCGGCCUAACGAUCGUCUUCCUAGUCGCUCUGGUCUGUGGCAUCGAGGCGACUGAGAUCAUUGGGGACAGCAAACGACACCCUUGGGGUGCCGCGAACACCAGUCUUCUUCUCGUCGGGGACCUGACUCUGUCAGCGUCUUUCAUCUAUACACUUCUCGCACAAUCCCGAAAUGUCUUGGACAGCACGGCGGGCGUCCUCAAUCGCAUGGCAGCCCUGACGAUCCAAUCCGCGCUGCCCGCCUCGACCUGCACCGUCAUCCUCCUCGCGACGUCACAGGCGUCGCCGAGCUGGUUCCGCGGCAGCCCCCAGCUGGCGACCGCGAUCGUGGCGAACGAGCUCCUGCCCAACCUCUACGCGUUCUCCGCCAUGUGGACGCUCAACUCGCGCAAGGCGACCAGGGACGAGAUGGUCCGCACGGAGAGCUCGGACGCGGAGGGCCGGCUGAUGCGACAGAGCGGC